UAGGAUAAAUGUCUGAACACAUUUCUCUGCUCUCACGCCUGUGCUUGUUCUGCUGUCCCUCCCAGCAGAGCGGGGGUGCAAACUCCUCUUCCAUCCCACAACAUGUCCCCGUGCCCCUGUCCCCACAAGGUCCCAGACACGAGGGUGAUGCAGCCCAACGAGCCACCACUGCCUGAGCUGAAGCUCCGCAGACCCGUACAGCGGGGCAGGAUCCCGGCGCCCUUCAUGGACCCGGGCAUGGCAGCGGAGCCGGCAGCACCCUGGAAAGACCCCCACGGCACCACCACAGUGGACCCUCUGGACGUGGAUGCCUUGGUGCCCACGCAUGAUGAGCGGGGCCGCGCCAUCCCUGAGUGGAAGCGGCAGGUGAUGGUGCGGCGGCUGCGGGCACGGCUGGCGGAUGAGGUGCCCGUGUGUGAUCAGGUAGUGCCGGGCUGUGGGUGGGACAGAGCUGGGUCCCGUGUGUCGCUGCAUCCUGACGGCUUCCUGCCACAGGAGCCGGGCGCCUGGCGUUUCUCACCGUCCCACGAGGCCGUGCUGGGCCCAUUUGGUGAGCUGCUGACCGAGGCCGACCUACAACAGCUGGAGCGGGCGGUGGAGAGCCUGCGGCUGCGGCGCCGAGGGGAAGCCUACCAGGACGAGCUGCAGCGCCUGGCGCAAGAGCUGCGCGCCUUGCUGCCCUCCCCGCUGCUCAGCAUCACCGUCCACAGCCCUCCUCCCGCUCCGGGGCAGCCCUUGCCACUCUGGUGUGGCCGCCUGGCUGGUGUGGUGGGCAGCCUGGAAGCGCUGUUGGCCAAGCUAUCCAUUUGUCAAUAA